GCGUUCCUUGGCCUGGCACCGAUGCCAUAGAACUUUUGACUCGGGAGCUCAGACAGGCAUCAGAAUCGCAUCUCUCUUUAGAAGCAUCCGGUCAGAUGUCUUUUCAGGUCUUGUUCUGAGCUGUAUGGACAGCUGCGCCCCGCAAGGAUCCAUUGUGGCAGAUGAGGACUCGUAAGAAUGUGAGGACUGGUAGAGGAUUCUGACCGUAGGAUUCACAGGCAUCCAUCUUUGCAGUUCUUGGAAUAUAUCAUUCAGUUAGCACCUUCUUCCUCCAGGGUUCUCUGAGCUUCAUCAGCUCGCCAUCGCUCUCUCCUCGGUCAUCUCAUAUUGCAUUCUUUUGGUCCUUGCAGUCAUUCUUCUUGCCAAGAGAUUUCUGUCCCUGUUGUGUCCCCCAUUGUUUGUCACGUCCCGUCCUGUGUCACGGGUGUCUGCACAUAUCUGUGCCGGAGCUGCUCUGCCCCGCUGCGUAGCCUGGUGCGAUAGGACCAGUCCCGGGGACUUGAGAUUUGUAGCGUGGGCUGUAGUUGGACUCUAGGUGGUAUUCCUAGAUUGACACAAGAUGUUUGGAGCUGUGAAGGUAUCCUGCAGCCCUUUGACGUAUAUCCUAACUUUCUUUCAGGUGCUGAUGCAUUAUAUCCUUGUCAGAGCGCCCCAUCCCGGGCUUGUGGGUUCCCAUGAGCAGGUCAGUCACUGUUUGUAUCUGCAGAGGAAGCAUAAAUGGUGACUAUGUUACAGCACUGUUCUUUGUCUUUAUUUUUAGGCAGUCAAGCCAGAGAGCAGCAGUCAAGGCUGAGUGGGCAAGCCAUCAGGACAGGCCAAGGAGUUGUGGCAGACUCUGCGACAAUGGCGUCAGCCUCCGAGCACGGCCAAAGCGUGCGGCCCGAGGUCCUGGGCAUUCUUAAGAAUAUGCAGCAGGAUAAAAUCCAUGGCAGAGCAUCCCAUCCUGGAUUAGGGGGUUCCCCUGAGCAGGAAGUAAAGCCAGAUAUCAGCAGUCAGGUUGAAGAGGGCAAGGCAAUUGACUCUGAGUAUGCAAAGCUCCCAUCACGCACCGGCCAAUGGACCGGGUUUGCUGCUCUUGUGAGCCUUCUGGGAGUCUUACAGGACUCUGUGAUGAAGCCUUUGCCUUUUUUACUUAAAGGUGUCAUCUGGGUCGCCUUUGGCAACAGCCAUGGAGUUGUGGCAUACCCUGCAACGACGGUGUGGCCUCCGAGCGCAGCAAAAGCAUGUGGCCUGAGGAGCUGGGCAUUCUCUGGAGAACGCCGUCUAAGAGACAACGGCCCAGUGACAGCAGGAACUUCCCAGCUAGGGAGGCUGCCUUCCUUCACACCAGACAUGGAUUGGCAUCCCCAGAUGUCUGAGAUAAGUAGAGGGCUGUGACCCAGAGAGGAGAUGAAAGUGGGGU